AUGCAGGUCGAGAUCAAGCUGCGGCUGAAGGACGAGGAGGCGCAUGCCCGGCUGGCGGCCGCUCUCAAGGCAUCCUACCGCACCACCCACGAGCAGGAAAACUACUUCUUUGACGGCAGCAGCGCCGAGCUGAGCAGUGCCCGCGUGAUCCUGCGACUGCGUUUCUACAACUUUGACAAGAAGGCCCUGCUGACAGUGAAAGGAAAGCAAGUGCUUGUGGAUGGAGUGGGGCGCUGCCCCGAAACAGAGGUGGAGGUGCCUCCUGACCAGGCCCGCGGGUACCUGAGCGAUCCCAACAGGCUCCUGGAAGCAGGGCUGCCCCUCGUGGACGGCCUGAAGCAGCAGUAUGGACUCAAGGGGCUGAAAGGCCUGGGCGGCUUCCGCAACGUGCGCCAGGAGUUUGACUGGGAAGGCUUGGUGCUGGAGCUGGAUCAGACCCGCUUCGAUCACGGGACCGUGUACGAGCUGGAGGCUGAGACGCCCAAGCCAGAGGAGGUCAAGCCCAAGCUUGAGGCACUGCUGACAAAGCACGGCGUCGCCUAUGCAGACUCUGCCUCCUCCAAGUUUGCCAACUUCAUACAGAAGUCGCUGCGCUAG